ACCAUUAGCCAGCAGCUUAAGCUAGGUUAGGAAAAAAAAUGUCAUCAGCAAGUAGUAAUAAUAAUUGCAGCAGCAGCAAUUCCUGCACAGAUAAUGAUGAGGAACUCAACGAACAAUUGCGCACCUUACUAUCUCUGGUUCCUGAUGUUGCACAGACGGAUCCGGUAUCCAUCUUAGAACGGACUCGGGAUUAUUUGAGACGAAUUCACGAAGAAACGGAGAGACUUGAAAAGGAAAUGCCGAGUCAACCACGACAUCUUGAGAACCUUAACCAGAGAUUUGUUGCUAACUCAUCAAGCCAGAGACGACUCCAGAUACUAAGGGUUGAGACGGAGAAAAUAGGAGGUAAGAAGGAGUUUGCGGUGAAGAUUUUAUGGAAGAGACUAGGGCUAGGAGCAGCAGCUGAAGUCCAGCGAGCCAUUGAGUUCUGCGAUUUAAACGUCAAGAGCAGCUCUAUAGAUGUAUCUAGCUUUCUCAAUCCCGACGAAAUGCAAACCACAGCUUUUGUCAAAGUAACGAAGGAAAAGAAUAUGACGGAGAAAGAGCUAUGCGAUCUCUUACUGUCGAGGUUUCCAUCUUGAAAAUGACGAAAUGAAUCGCAA